AUGGCUAAAGGGGUGGCAUCUUCUCACUGUUUAGCGUUCAUAUUAUGCACGAUUUUAACAGCAACAGUUAGCCAAGCAGCUCGUUUGAAGAAACUUGGUGAAACAGAAGAAACAAGAAGGAACUUGUUGGAUAAUGGUCUUGGUCAUACUCCUCAAAUGGGAUGGAACAGUUAUAAUCACUUCCCCUGCAAACUCAGCGAUGAGCUAAUUCGCCAGACAGCUGAUGCAAUGGUUUCCAGUGGACUCUCUGCCCUCGGAUAUGAAUAUGUUAAUUUAGAUGAUUGCUGGGCAGAAUUGAAUAGAGACUCCAAGGGAAACCUCGUGCCAAAAGCUUCUUUGUUCCCUUUUGGUGUGAAAGCUCUGGCGGAUUAUGUCCACAGCAAAGGACUAAAGAUUGGGAUUUAUGCUGACGCAGGGACAUUGACUUGUGACAAACAAAUGCCAGGGUCCCUUGGUUAUGAGGAGCAGGAUGCCAACACCUUCGCUUCUUGGGGAAUUGAUUAUCUAAAAUAUGAUAACUGUCACAACAAUGGAGUAAGCCCACAAGAAAGAUAUUCCAAAAUGGGUAAAGCUCUCCUAAAGACUGGAAGGCCCAUCUUUUAUUCUCUUUGUGAAUGGGGCCAGGAAGACCCUGCAACGUGGGCAUCUAACAUUGGAAACAGUUGGAGAACAACUGGAGACAUCAAAGAUACUUGGGAUAGUAUGACAUCGCGUGCUGAUCAGAACGAUCAAUGGGCAUCUUAUGCUGGACCCGGUGGAUGGAAUGACCCUGACAUGCUUGAGGUGGGCAAUGGAGGAAUGUCAACAGAAGAAUACCGCUCCCACUUCAGCAUUUGGGCUUUAGCAAAGGCUCCCCUUAUCUUGGGUUGCGAUCUUCGUUCAAUGGACAAGGACACAUUGGAGAUAAUUAGCAACAAGGAGGUCAUUUCUGUUAACCAAGAUAAACUUGGAGUUCAAGGAAAGAAGGUGAAGAAGACUGGAGAUUUGGAGGUGUGGGCUGGUCCUCUAAGUGGCAAUAGGAUAGCAGUAAUAUUGUGGAACAGAGGAUUUUCCAAAGCCACCAUAACAGCUGACUGGAGUGACAUUGGCCUGAAAUCAUCAUCAGUGGUCGAUGCACGAGAUUUAUGGGCGCAUUCAACUACUAAUUCUGUUAGGGAAAAACUAGAGGCAAGUGUUGAAUCCCAUGCAUGCAAGAUGUACAUCCUUACGCCACAAUAGAAGGCAGAGAAGUUUCAUCUAUAUGAUCAAUCCUUCCUCCUGAUCAACAUGUGCAAGAAAAUAAUGUAAUUUGGAAGGUUGAAUUGCAAUAUGUAAUAAUUUUUGAAGUGUUUUAGCCAUCCUUGGCUCUACUUAUCGGAAGUAUAUUGUGUUGA